AUGUUAUUACGUAAUCAUCGAACAUUGCGUUUCGUUGCAGAUACAGCGCAGACAGCCAUGACGGUGGGCGUGGCCAAUGUGUUGUGCGACGAUCGCUCCGCCCCUUUGGCGUGGCCUACCCCUGCGCCCGCACCUACCGCACCCCUCUGGCAGUACCCAGGUAAACACCUACUACUGAUUCAUGCUCGCCUGGUAACUCCGCGCCAACUGCGGUGCGAGAGCGCGGUUUUGGCGAUGUCAGUCGCUUGCGAUUUUAAUACACCUUCUACAGUGUUAUGUCAGUUUGGUAUUGGCAUUGCAACUGAGAUCGUUUCGACGACGCUCGUCCCGAUUUUGAAAACGUAA